AUGACGGUCCCCAGCCAACCCGCGAGCCUGUGCAAACAGACAACCCUAACCUCUACGCCCACCCCAUAUGAAAUCCUCAGCAAGUACACCGUCUUCCCGGACGCCCACCAGAAGGCCUGGUGGGAGAAGACCGGGCAGCUGCUCAACAAAGUCCUCAUCUCAGCGAACUACAACACCUCUCGCCAGUUCGAAGCCCUCACCUUCUACACUCAGGUCCUCAUCCCUCACCUAGGCCCUUACCCGUUCGCCUUCCGCAGCGCCAUCACGCGAAGCGGCCUCCCGCUCGAGUUCAGCGUCAACUACCAGCAAAAGGGCGGCGCGGAGCCGGUCGUCCGCAUCGGAUACGAGCCCGUCUCCGCGGAGUCGGGGACGGAGAAGGACUUGUACAACCAGCUACCGGUGCUGGAUCUGCUCAAGCGGCUCGAGGAAGUGCAGAUCCCGGGCUUCGACGCCUCGCUGUUCCACCACUUCCUCGAGCACCAUACCCUCUCCGCCACGGACAAGGAUGCGCUCACCCGGAACAAGAUGGAAGGAAGCAACCUCACCUCGCAGAGCGCAUUCGGGUUUGAUCUCCGACCCCAGGCCGUCUCGGUGAAGGGGUACACCUUCCCCGGGUUCAAGUGCCACGCCAGUGGGCGAUCGUUUGGCAAGCUGUUCGCAGAGUCAAUCCAGCCGAUUGCCGAUCGCAUCGGGCACUUCCCCUCCUUCGACAAGGUGAACGAAUACCUCGAAGAAACCAAUGGCUACAGCCAGGUGGCCUUCUGGUCCUUCGACUGCGUCGACCCGGCCAAGUCGCGGCUGAAGCUGUACAGCUCCAGCAACGAGGUCGUCUGGUCGAAGAUCGAGGAGAUCUGGAUCCUGGGCGGCCGCGCAGACACGUCCACCGUGAAGGAGGGGCUCAAGUAUCUGUCCCAGCUGUGGCAGCUGACCAAGGUGGAGGAGGGCCACCGCGCCUUCACGGGCGGGUUCGAUGACGGCAAGGACUCCACGCCCACGCCUAUGGUGUGGAACUACGAGAUGAAGGCCGGCGAGGAGAUCCCGGUGACGAAAUUCUAUUUCCCCAUUCACGGGGAGAAUGAUGCGAAGAUUGUGCGCGGGGUUGCGCAGUAUCUCAGUGAUAUCGGCUUGGCGGAGUAUGGGGAGAGCUACGAGGAGACUGUGCGGGAUUACUUCCCGGACAGGGAUUUGGAGAAGACGGCGCGGUUGACGUCUUGGAUCUCGUUUGCGUACACGGAGAAGACGGGGGUCUACCUUAGUGUUUACUAUCAUUCUUCAGACGAUUAUCCGUGGACUGAGGAGGAAAGUUCGGCGUAG